AUGAGAUUUUCUACUGGACCGGGGAAGGGCCUUUUAAGAUGUCAAAAUGUAUUGAUCAAUGCCGAAUCGUCAUCGCUCCCGCUGGCGGAUGAUCUAAAUUCGCAUAUAAGAGACUUGUAUUCCAAGGCCAUCCAAGACAUCAAAUGCAAUUUGGACGAGAUAAAAUGUGCCUCCCAAGAAAAAUGUAUCCUUAUAAGUAACUUCCAGGACGGAGUUAAAGACUGCGACGAUGGCUCUGACGAAAUUUGCUAUGAUUGGCAAUUCGAUUGUGGAUGGGGAAAUCCGAAAUGCAUUUUGAAGGAACAAAUCAAUGACGGAAAAAUAGACUGCGUGGGAGGCUUGGAUGAAAAUUGUGGUUGGGAUGAUUACAUGUGUUAUGACAAGAAAAAGUGCGUUCCACUGGCUAAAUAUCAAGACGGGAUAAUGGAUUGUGAAGAUCAAUCAGACGAAAUUUGUCAAUUGAAUCAAUUCCAAUGCGGAUCCCCGAGAAAAUGCAUAUCUUUAUCAAAAGUCGGAGAUGGUGCUAAAGACUGUUUGGAUGGUUCCGAUGAAAGGGAAGAUCUAAAUCUUACGCUCAACCCAGACCAAGAUUACGAUUUGAUCCCGGAUCUUUCUACAGUUCCCAAAAAGAGUGAGCAGAGGACCGUUACUUCGAGUUCGAAAUCAACCAUAACCAGUUUUAAACCCUUAUUACCCGUAUCUCCUAAACCGAAAAAGGUCAUAGAUCCAAUUAAUGCUCUUAUUGAUGGUAGUAAAAAAUCUACUACCGAAAAGGCUUCUUCUUCGAAAUAUCCAAUUACGACGCCAAAUAAAUCGCCAAAGGAUAAUCGUCACGCAACGACACCACCACUGGGUAUUUACAAAUUACCCAAAUGCAACUUGAAUAACCAAGGAAUUCAGUGCGAUACUAAUGCGGUGUGUCAAAUAAGCGAAACCGGCUUACCCGAGUGUAUUUGCCAAGAUGGGUUUAUUUUCAUGACGGAUGGGAUGGACGAACUACUCGGCGAAGGAUGCUUAGAAGCGACUUCCCAUCAAAUUAUAUUACGAUUGCUCAAGAUGGACGACAAAUAUCUCAAAUUCAUAGAUUCCUAUAACGAUCCAUCAUCCAAUGAAUACCGUAAACUAAGCCGAGCCGUGAGAAAAGGGUUGAAACAAGUCUUCAACAAGAGCAGAAUUUCCCGAAAAAUAUUGGAUAUCCGAAUUAACGGCGUUUUAGGAUUUUUGAACGAAUUCGACGAAGAAGGUCCUCCAGGGAUAACACUGAAUUGCACGCUUUACACCCAUAAAAGAUAUCUAGUAAACGAAAUAGAGAUACAUAAUUCGUUGGUUAGCUCAUUGCUCUCGACAAAUUUUAGACUCGGAGAAUCCACCAUAACGUUGGACACGGAUUACGAAUACAUAACGAAUUACAACUCACUCGUAAGGAAAAGCAGACCUAAGAUGGAGGAUAAAAACGACAUUUUAAACCGCGAUAUUGUUAAUUCCAUUAACGAUCGAGUAAGCGAGGUCUUGUCCACUUCGAAAAUGGCCGCCACUACUAGGCAAUUGCCAACUGUUACAAGCAUUACAAUUCUAAGAAAACCGAGGAGGUCAGCGAGUCGGACUGCAGAAUUACAGGUUGCGGGCUGAACUCCCAUUGCGUUAUUAACAAAGCGACCAAAAAAAUUGGGGACGGAACAGAC